AUGUCGCUGCAGACAUUACUUGUCCCCUCGGUACAGAGGAUUAUUCCUAUCAGUCCUCCGCCUCAUGUCCUUUCCGAGUCUUAUACGACUACUCGCACAGAUCACUUUGCUACUCUCCCAAAUGAGCUCCUUUUCUUGAUAUUUUCCCUUCUCGAAGCAGAGCAGUCCCCUCAUGAGAUCAAACUCGCCCAAUGGAGUCCUCUAACCAGAGUCUGCCGACGGUGGCGCGAUGUCGCAGAAACCCUCCUCUACCGGACCCUCCUGUUGAAGGACCGUAACCCUCGCAUUGUCAAAUGGUGGGCAGCUGAUAAACAGAGACUGUCAAAACUGCUGGCGACGUUGCAAAAGAGACCCCAUCUUCGCUACUAUACCCAGUCUUUGCAUGUGACUGUCGACUAUGAUACGUACCCCGAGGAUAUCCUUCACAUAAUGGAUCUUCUCCCUUGCGUUCGGCAACUGACAAUCCAGUUGGACCUUCUUAAAAAUUCAUACCUCCCGCUUCUGCAGAGCGUUGUAAGGAUGAAGCUCGAAGAACUCGAGUUUGUCGGAUACGGCGCCUCUCCUUCCUUGAACCUGCUGUUCACUAUCUUGAGCCAGAUGCCAACCGUGAGGAGACUCUCCACCUACCGUUGGGGCUGGUGUCGGGAUGGCAGCGUAUAUACAAGCUUCGCACACGACGACAGUGCUUCUAUGACAACAGAAGAACUAUCACAGCUUCUUCCAUUUAACAAACAAGGAACAUCCGCACUGACGAGCCUUCAUCUGCAAGACCCGAAGACAUCGAUUGAGGUAACCGAGUGUUUCUUUCGAUGGCCCGCUCGACUCGAGGAGAUCAGUCUCUUGUCACUCUGCUACGGACCAUAUGAGAGUCAGUACGAUGCCCGUAGCAUCCAGCGACUGCUUUCGAUUCACAAGGACUGGCUGCAGAACAUAACCCUGGGCCCUAUUCCGCCCCAAGGAGGAGACAUUCCCGACUUUUCAGACUUUCCUCGUCUUAACGAUUUACAUGUAACUCUGUACAAGUCUUCGUCCAAUAAGCGUGAGACGCCGUAUGCCAUCUACAAGAAGAUUGCAGCACCCAAUCUCCGACAUCUCGAAAUCGACCUUGGCGAUGAACGUCAGCCGGAAGACCAGUGGGUGGUUGAGUUUCUUGCUCUCGUGCGACUUGGACGGAAGAAAUGUCCUCGACAAACAUGUAUCCAAUGCGUGGAUGUCAACUACUGCCGAUGGGGUGACUUGGCCCUGGGACUCGCGCGGAGGAGCAGUAUCAGCUGUGAGAGCGUGCGAUAUUAUAUCGAUGUCCAGUGA